UGAGCGCGGCCGCCGCGUCUCCAGCCAAAGCUGCAGUCGGGGCCGGGGCCGUUCUGUGUUCCUGUAUUUGCUUUUCCCGCGAGUGGGGGUGCCCCUGCCUCUGUGGGCACACCUGUGCCUCCCUGCGCACCUGCCCAGCUCGUGAGCACCUGUCUGCGUGCGCCCGGCGCUCCUGUAUCCCUGUGCGCUCGCGAGGCUAGGCCCACGCAGGUCCUCUGCGCCAUCGCGGGUGCGGGUGAGGGGCUGGGAGUCCUACCGGGAAGAGGCCAGAAGGGAGCGCAUCCCGGAGAAGCUCACCCGCGGCCCAAACCCAGCCGGACUUCUGGGAACUGCACCGGCCCCGGAGGCCGCAGGUGCCGAGACACCCUGAGGCCGGGAGCGGUCCAGAGAGGCCUGGAGAGGGGACCAGAACUGGAGCAGGGGGAGGGGGCGCAGUCUGGAGCCGCCCUCCCGCCCCCUCAGGUGGAGCGCGCAGGCGCAGUCUCCGCGUGCGCGCCUCGCCGGCGCCUCCAUCCCGGAUCCUUGCUGCAGCGUCAGCGCCGCCGCCCGUGCCUUUCCUCUUCCUCCUCCUCCUCCUUGGCCUCCGCCUCCUCUUCCUCCUCCGUCCUCCCCCGCUGCCUCCGCUGCUCCCGACGCGGAGCCCGAAGCCCGCGCCGAGCCCCCGGCCUCGCGGUGCCAUGCUGCCCCGGCGGCGGCGCUGAAGGAUGGCGACGCCGCUGCCUCCGCCCUCCCCGCGGCACCUGCGGCUGCUGCGGCUGCUGCUCUCCGGCCUCGUCCUCGGCGCCGCCCUGCGUGGAGCCGCCGCCGGCCACCCGGAUGUAGCCGCCUGUCCCGGGAGCCUGGACUGUGCCCUGAAGAGGCGGGCAAGGUGUCCUCCUGGUGCACAUGCCUGUGGGCCCUGCCUUCAGCCCUUCCAGGAGGACCAGCAAGGGCUCUGUGUGCCCAGGAUGCGCCGGCCUCCGGGCGGGGGUCGGCCCCAGCCCAGACUGGAAGAUGAGAUUGACUUUCUGGCCCAGGAGCUUGCCCGGAAGGAAUCUGGACACUCAACUCCGCCCCUACCCAAGGCCCAACAGCGGCCCCCAGAGCCAGCCACCCUGGGCUUCUCGGCACGGGGGCAGGGGCUGGAGCUGGGCCUCCCCUCCACUCCAGGAAGCCCCACGCCCACGCCCCACACCUCCCUGGGCUCCCCUGUGUCAUCCGACCCGGUGCACAUGUCGCCCCUGGAGCCCCGGGGAGGGCAAGGCGACGGCCUCGCCCUUGUGCUGAUCCUGGCGUUCUGUGUGGCUGGUGCGGCCGCCCUCUCCGUAGCUUCUCUCUGCUGGUGCAGGCUGCAGCGUGAGAUCCGCCUGACCCAGAAGGCCGACUACGCCACUGCGAAGGCCCCUGGCUCACCUGCAGCUCCCCGGAUCUCGCCUGGGGACCAGCGGCUGGCACACAGCGCGGAGAUGUACCACUACCAGCACCAACGGCAGCAGAUGCUGUGCCUGGAGCGGCAUAAAGACCCACCCAAGGAGCUGGACACGGCCUCCUCAGAUGAGGAGAAUGAGGACGGAGACUUCACGGUGUACGAGUGCCCGGGCCUGGCCCCGACCGGGGAAAUGGAGGUGCGCAACCCUCUGUUCGACCACGCCGCACUGUCCGCGCCCCUGCCGGCCCCCAGCUCACCGCCUGCGCUGCCAUGACCUGGAGGCAGACAGACGCCCACCUGCUCCCUGACCGCGAGACCCCCGGGGAGGGGCAGGGCCCGGAGCUUCCCACUAAAAACAUGUUUUGAUGCCGUGUGCUUUUGGCUGGGCCUCGGGCUCCAGGCCCUGGGACCCCUUGCCAGGGAGACCCCCCAACCUUUGUGCCAGGAGACCUCCUGGUCCCCUGCACCUCUCCUGUUCGGUUUAGACCCCCAAACUGGAGGGGGCAGGGAGAACCGUAGAGCGCAGGAAUCGGUGGGGAAUUCUAGAGACAAAAGCCAAUUAAAGUCCAUUUCAGACCUUCGG